AUGUCACAUUACGAAAAUCCUCAUCUCAAUAUAUCUACAACUGAACUGUCACUAAUAAAACGAAUCACAAUUCUGCGCAAUCGCUUCGAAGACUUGCUCUCUGGUCUAGGGAAACUAUUGAUUGCUACUUUAUAUUUUUGGUAUAUCGCACAACACUGCCACCAUAGGUACAAACAAAAUUUAGUGAAAUCUUGGCUAUUAACAGCAUUGAUGGCUUCCAGUCAAGAUUUUACCAAAGAAAUUCUCGAAGGAAAUGCCGCCUUCGCCAAUAAGAUUUACCAAAUCCUUUCCCGGACACCCGGAAAUGUGUUCUUUUCUCCGUUCAGCCUUCACAUUGUCAUCGCCAUGGCGUACCAAGGAUCAGGAAACGUGACCCUAGAAACCAUCCAAAAAGUACUUCAAAUUCCUGACCCCUUAAGCACAGCCAUUGGUUACCAAGAAAUAACGCGCAACUUGACUAGAUUAAAAAAAGUAGUUUUACACACUGCUUUCAAAAUUUACCUCAGAAAAGAAUUUCGACUUUUAUCGUCGUUUGAAAACACGGUCAAAGAAUAUUUUGACUCUGAAGUGGAAUCUCUGGAUUUUGAUCAAAGGAGCGCAACGGUCAAACACAUAAACCAAUGGGUCUCUGAAAAAACACACGGAAAAAUCGAGGAUAUCGUGGAUGACGAUUUGAUAGCUUCUACUUCUUUGCUUCUUCUUAACGCGAUAUAUUUUAAAGGCAACUGGGAUAUACCUUUUUCUGAACGUAAGACUAAGGUGAGAAAUUUUUAUCUGAACGAUCACGAUGUGGUGAAAGUGCAAAUGAUGGAAGGUCGAAAAGAUGGUUUUUACAAGUACAAUAAACGUUUAAAGUCUCAAAUUCUUGCUUUGCCGUAUGAGGGUGAACAGAUCUACAUGAUGAUCUUCUUACCAGAAGAUAAAAAUGGGAUUGGAGAACUGGAAGCUCUACUAUCUGAAACGAAUGAUAUUCAAACUUUCAAUGAAUUGAAUUUUUUAGUAGUAGAUGUGUCUUUACCAAAAUUUAAAUUCGAGACGACCAUGGAAAUGGAUGACUUGAUAAAAGAGAUUGGACUUGAAGUGAUUUAUGAUCCAGUCAAAGCCGAUUUAAAGGGGAUGAUCGAACUCGAAGAGGGAAAGAAUUUGUGCGUAACUAAAAUACUUCAAAAGGCUUGUAUUGAUGUUAACGAAAAAGGAUCAGAAGCUGCUGCUGCUUCAGUUGUAGGAACGAUUGUUCAGGUAUCUAGCAAAGGAAGAACAAUAAAACCUUUGAAGUUUGUUGUGGACCAUCCUGCCGUUUUUAUGAUUGUUGCCGGAUUAUUUGAAAAACCAAACGUUUUAUUUUAUGGAAGACUGUCCCACCCUGAAGAAGUAACAAAUAGUGGCAUCUUGAGUGAUUUCGCAAAUUUCAUGAGAAACCCCUUAAUAUAAAGCGAAUUUUCUAAAUGUGCUAAACAUCCACUCGCUGGCUGUGCAUUCUUACAAAACUUUUUUUACAUGAAAAACUAUAAUUGUAGAAAUGAAAAUUAAAAUAAAAAA